GCUAGCCUGGUCUGCGCAUGAGCGGGGACGCACAGGGUGAGGAGUGGGACUGAGAGCAGCUGUGGCAAAUGUUUCACCAGUCCAGCAAUCUCGAGAAGAAAAUACCAUUCACGGCUGAAGAAUACACUUUAAGGCAGUCUUUGUGCGGAAUCGAAUAAGGAGGAGCGUGUCAGACGUCCGUGAUCAUCUGCGAUGCGUUCAAAGUAACAGAUCGGCGCGUUUUCUGAACUCACUGGAAACAAAAUAACAACCCCGAAAGACUGACAAUAAAAGCCCACAACUGACACCAGACCGAACCAGGGCCUCGGUACACCAUCCUCUCCUUAACACGGACAUUUAACCUCUAUUAUUUCAGAAAAGCCCUUCUUCUCUUGGUGAAACUCAGGAAACAAUGAAGACCUAAACUCAUGUGUUAGCCGCUUAAUGUGAGUGUGUGUGUGUGUGUGUGUGUGUGUGUGUGUGUGUGUGAGAGAGAGAGAGAGAGAGAGAGAGUGAGAGUGCUCUUUUCCUCUCUCCUCAAGGAAACUUUCUCCCGUCGCUUUAAAAGCCUGGAAGCAGAAGAAGCUUUAAUAGAGUUGGAGAAGACGCUCAGGCUGUCUUCUUGAUUUCUGUAUGGAGGUGAGGGGCGAGGACAGGGGAUCGGACGGCAACAGAGGCCCCGACUCGACUCACUUUCUCCAUUACAGUAAACCCGAGCGAGCCCGGGUGACGGACCCUGACAUGAUGAUCUACCCGAGCGCUGGAGGAGAGGACCUCACGGGGAGAACUGCUGCGGCCGGCUGCGAGUCCCCCUCCUCGGAUGGGCCGGGCAGCAGCAGGAUGUCGCCCACCGACGGGCCCACACUCUUCCCACCUUUACCGCUGCCCCCUCUGCCGUCUGAAAUCGGGCCGCAAGGCAGUGUGGAUGAAAGUGAUCAACAGGAUGGGCCAGAAUAUGAGGAAGAGGAGGUUGUUUUCCCCCUCUCAGCGCCGCCCACCAAUCAAUGGUACCAUGGAAUGUUGGACAGAACCAUUGCAGAAGAGCGACUGCGUCAGGCUCGGGUACCGGGCAGCUACCUCAUCAGGGAAAGCGACCGCCGGCCUGGAUCCUUUGUACUGUCAUUUCUCAGUGUGACCAAUGUGGUCAAUCACUUCAGGAUCAUUGCGAUGUGUGGAGAUUACUACAUCGGUGGACGGCGCUUCUCGUCCCUGUCAGACCUCAUUGGUUACUACAGCUAUGUGUCUUGCCUACUGAAAGGUGAAAAACUGUCAUCUCCAGUGGCUCCCCCAGAGCCAGUAGAGGACAGGCGGCGAGUGAGGGCCAUACUUCCAUACACCAAAGUGCCAGAAACUGAUGAAAUCAGUUUUCUCAAAGGAGACAUUUUUAUCGUUCACAAUGAACUGGAUGACGGUUGGAUGUGGGUAACCAAUGUUCGGACAGAAGAACAGGGCCUUAUCGUGGAUGAUCUUGUGGAGGAGGUGGGACGAGAAGAGGAUCCCCAUGAGGGAAAAAUCUGGUACCACAGGAAGAUCAGCAAACAAGAAGCAUACAACCUGCUAAUGACAGUUGGUCAGGUCUGCAGCUUUCUAGUCAGGCCAUCAGACAACACACCGGGCGACUACUCCCUCUUCUUUCGUACCAAUGAGAACAUCCAAAGGUUCAAGAUUAGCCCCACUCCCAACAACCAGUACAUGAUGGGAGGGCGGUACUAUGACAGUGUUGACGAUAUUAUCGAACGUUACCGAAAAGAGCAGAUCGUGGAGGGCUACACUCUAAAAGAUCCUGUCUCGGUCCAGCAAAAAGAGCAAGUCCUCUCCGACUUUGUCGACGGCAGAGAAAUCUAUAACACUAUUCGACGGAAAACAAAAGAUGCUUUCUACAAAAACAUUGUCAAGAAAGGAUAUCUUCUCUUCAACAAAGGUAAGGGUAAGCGCUGGAAGCAUUUGUACUUCAUCCUGGAGGGCAACGACGCUCAGCUCAUUUACUUUGAGAGUGAGAAACGAGCCACCAAACCCAAGGGACUAAUCGAUCUGAGCGUUUGCUCUGUGUACGGGGUCCACGACAGUCUGUUUGGCAGGCCAAACUGUUUCCAGGUUGUGAUUCAGCACUUUAGCGAGGAGCAGUACAUUUUCUACUUUGCUGGGGAGACACCUGAACUGGCACAGGACUGGAUGAAAUGCUUGCAGACGUUCUGCAGUAACCUUAGGAAACCCUUGCAGAUCACAUUCAGCAAGCGUUUGCGUCAGGUUAGCAGUUUAGUACUGUAUGUGGAGGAGGCCCACAAACUUCCCAUCAAACACUUCACCAACCCCUACUGCACCAUCUCGUUGAACAGUGUGCAGGUGGCCAAGACUCAUCCUAGAGAGGGCCAGAACCCUGUGUUCACCGAGGAGUUCAUCUUUGAUGACUUGUCGAGCGAAAUCAACAGAUUUGAAAUAAGCUUAAGCAACAAGUCCAAGAAGAGCAAAGAAAGUGACAUCUUGUUCAUGCGUUGCCAGCUGACCAAACUGCAGAGGGGCCAGAUGAUCGAUGAGUGGUUUCCUUUGAGCUCCUAUGUGCCGCUGAAGGGAAUCGAGCCAGGCUCACUCCGAGUAAGAGUGCGAUACUCCAUGGAGAAGAUCAUGCCUGAGGAAGAGUACAGUGAAUUCAAAGAGCUCAUCCUGCAGAGAGACUAUCAUGUGAUCUAUGCGUUGGCUCACGUGUGUGGGCAGGACCGCACCCUGCUGGCCAGCAUCCUGCUCCGUAUCUUAAGACACGAGCGAGUCGAAGCUCCACUACUGAGGACGUUGAAUGACAGAGAAAUUAAUAUGGAGGAUGAAGCCACGACACUGUUCCGUGCCACGACUCUGGCCAGUACUUUGAUGGAGCAGUACAUGAAGGCCACAGCAACUCCUUUCGUCCACCACGCACUCAAAGACACCAUACUGAAGAUCAUGGAGAGCAAGCAGUCCUGUGAACUGAACCCGUCUAAACUGGAGAAGAAUGAGGAUGUUAACCUGAAUCUAGCUCAUUUACUCAACAUCCUGUCGGAGCUGGUGGAGAAGAUAUUCAUGGCUGCUGAAAUCUUGCCCCCGACCCUGAGGUACAUCUAUGGCUGUCUACAGAAGUCUGUGCAAGAGAAAUGGCCUACCAACACUACGAUGAGAACCCGAGUUGUAAGUGGUUUUGUCUUCCUGAGGCUCAUCUGCCCUGCCAUUCUCAACCCCAGAAUGUUCAACAUCAUUGCUGACCCUCCAUCCUCCACAGCAGGCCGAACGCUCACCCUGGUAGCAAAGUCUGUGCAGAACUUGGCCAAUCUGGUGGAAUUUGGUGCUAAGGAGCCUUAUAUGGAGGGGGUGAAUCCUUUCAUCAAGAACAACAAAGAAAGGAUGAUCAUGUUUCUGGAUGAGCUGGGGAAUGUUCCUGAUCUCCCGGAAUCUACUGAGCACUUUAGGACUGAUUUGUCCCGUGACCUUGCUGCCCUGCAUGAGAUCUGUGCUACUCAUUCUGAUGAACUUCGCACCCUCAGCAAUGAGAGAGGAGUACAGCAGCAUGUGCUGAAGAAGCUGCUGGCCAUCGCUGAGCUCCUCCAGCAGAAACAGGAGCAAUAUGCCAUAUCCAACAUCACCAGGACAUGGAGAGAGGAAAGCAUCAGAACCAUAAACUGUCAUCGUCAGAAGACUGCAUUCAUUUAGUAACUGUCUUUAGUGACCCAUCACUCUCACACACAUAACUGAAUGUACCUUUAUGGCUGUAGCAACCACGAUCCAGGUCCUCUGAGAGAAAACAUUGGUAGCAAAGACAGCAAGACUCGGAAUAAGGUGGAUGCUCGGACUCUAGUUAGGCAACACACUGCCGAUCUCAAUCUCUCAAACCAACAGAUUCAAAAUUGAGCCAUCAAAGAGAUGCGUAGAGAUGUUAUUUCUGAAGAAAUUACCUAUUGGAUUUUCCUACACUGAAAAUCUUCAACAGAGUAACCAAAACGGAGCGUAAAUCUGAAAUGCCUGUUGAAUUAACCCCUCAUGGAGACGUCUGCAAAAUCAACCUGGGAGCCGUGAGCCCUAGACUGACUGGCAUCUGUAGCAAGCAAGAACUUUGGCACUGCGUUGCUCUUGUCCAUCAGGGAAGAGAGAUGCACUUACGAUGCAAGCCUUAAGAAACCUUCUACACUCAAUUUUCAACUGCGGUUUCAGAUGCAGGUAGGCUUAGAUCUAAAGAUUCCUAUCUUACCUUCUGAGCUGCUUCGCUUGAAAAGAUGCUGGAUCCUGGCUUUUAUCUCCAAACCUGUGUUUGUAUGUGAUACAUGAGCUGAUCAGUGAGACCGAUUCAAUUUUGGAGGAUAGAUUACACAAGGCUGGUGCAUGCGUUCACUUCUAAUAACCUUCCCCCUAUUCUUCCACCUAACCUACAAUGACAACAAACUCCAGCUCAUAUUCAUUUUAAAACUUUUCCUCAGAAUGGGGCAAGCAGAUGAUGGGCUUCCUGGUUUAUUUCACAUCAUAAAGGAGUCAACCAUCAACACCUAUGGACUAGAAAACUAUCUCAUAUUAUAUCAGCCUGUUUGUGUUUGUCAAACUCAGUUAAUUUGGCUGUUUCUUGAUGUGUAUUACUACUUAUUGAAUUAUCUAAAACCUCAAAACUUAUCUCCAGUUUACGUUUUUAUAAUGCCCUUUGGUCGAUUUGACAAGUAGAUGCAUUGUAUGGCGACGGUACCAUUACACAGUAGAAAUGGCAAUACCAUGGUACUCUGAUAUACAUCAUUGUAAUCAGUGAUUACCAUAGUACAAGUCUGGAUUAACCAAUGUGCCAUGUCCUAAAAACAUGGUGAUAUAUCAAUGCUAGUGGAAGGUGUAUAUUCACUACACCUGACUUGAAACCGCUCGCGUUGUUCACUGUGGUACAUUUAGCUGCAUUUUAUGACCCAGCAAAUCUAUGAAAAGUAUGAUGCAGAUUUACCUUUUGUCUGCGUGUGUGUGUGUUUCAGGUAGCUCACGCAUUUUUAUUUUUCUAUUUUAUACUCAAAAACCAACUACUUUUGCAUCUUAGAUACAAAAAAAAAAAAUACUAACCUGGCUGAAUAAAACUCUUAGUACGA